AUGUCUCAACAUUACUUUAGAGAAAAUAUCACGAUUGCACUGAUAGGAGAUCACUCGGAUCAUUCCGAGCGAUUUUACCGAUAUUUCAAACUAUAUAAUUUUACAUGGAGAAGAACCAUCAAUUACAAUGUAAUGAAUGAUCCGAAUUCAAUGAAUGAUGAUGAUGUUGAUAGGAAAUUAAUUAUUCAAUUGGUGGGGAUAGGCGCUAGACAGUGCACCAUCACAAAUAUGAACAAGGCAUUGAUGGUUUCGGAUUAUGCAAUUAUCAUUGUUGAAAGUACUGAUGAUGAAAUUAUGUAUCAACGAUUGAGAGAUUGUAUUCGAAUGGUGAAUUAUUCUUUAAUUGAUAGGAUUUUAUUGUUGGUGGAUAAUAAUCGGAAUGUUAAAAGUAAUGAUCAAGUUUAUGAUUGGAUUAGAAAAGUAAUUAGAAAAGAAUCAGUGGUUGAAUUGACUUGUGAAUUUUUAAAUUGGAAUUCAAUUGACAAAGUUAAGGAUUGGAUUCACUCGUUGCCUAUUAAAAUAGAUUUUGAUCGAUUGGCUGCUCAACCUGUCAGAAUACAAAUGUUACAAACUGUUUAUUCUUGUAGAUUGUAUGCCACUUGUCAUUUUAAAGUAUUAAGUGGAAUAGUUCAUCAAGGAGAGGAAAUUUAUUUUAAUACGAAUAAUGGAGAACGAAAGUUUAAAGUAGAGGGUGCCGAUUACUUGGCAACUUUUAGUUAUGAAAAACCUAAAGUAUUUCUUCCUGGUAAUAUAUUCUUUGCUCCUUUUAUGAAAGAAUUGAUUCCACGCUCUUAUUCUCAUAAGUAUAAACACUUUUUAAGUGGAAAUUACUAUUCGGAAAAGAUUAAAAUGAUUAAGGUAGAUUCGUUUUGGAUUGAUUAUACUCAUUUCAACUCAGAUAACAUCAAUAAGGAUAUAUAUAUUAAUCAAACAUGUUGGAUUUUUUGCAAAUCCAAACUAUUUGGGAAAAUUGAAAGAAUACAGGGCUCUGGAAACAAACUAAGAAUUGGAAUUAAGAUAUCCCACAGGUUUCAAACGGGGCAUGACAGCUUAAUGUCUCAAAAUGGUUUCCUUACAACAUUUGAAAGGGAUCCUCAAUUUGGAAGAGUUUUAUUAGCAAGAACAAGAAGGGAAAUGUUUGGAUUUGGAAAUGUUGUAUCAGUAGUUUAUCAAGAUAAGAAUACUAAUGCCCUUCUGAUUCAACAUCCUAUUAGCUUAUUCUCAAAAAUUCCAAAACACAAUUAUGAUAUUUAUUUCUAA